AAAAUAUUGAAACAAAAAUGGACAUCUUGUCCCAGACAACUUCACCUGGCAGACGAGUCAGACAGACCGGGCAGAACAAACAUAAAGUGCCCAAAGCUUGCAGUCCCCGAUUCUCAGCAAAAUUCACAGCUAUUUAAAAGAGUGGCAGAAGAACUGCAACAUGAAUUUGGUGGUCAGGAAAAUUGUCCUUGGCCAACGGUUGUUUUAAAAGAGGCGUUUAAGAGGUAUUUCAAGUCAUGCAAAGCAAAACAGAAAAGAGUUGCUCUUGGAACAGAACAGCAACACGUUCAAAUUUGCAGGAGAAGGAGCAGAAAGGAGGAGAAACUAGCGAGAAGAUUAAAAACGAUCGAGAAAAUGGGUUGGAACCAGACGAAAGUGGCAAAGGUGGCAGACGUCAUGAGAAUGGACUAUAUGUCCUCUGAAAAAAGCGAGGUAGACGAGGAAACAAAUAGGAUUAAACACUACAAGGUUCGGAAGCUUUCUUGGGAAAGCAGAGAAUUAAAGCGAACUAAGAAGAAGCUUGAUAAAAACCACAAGGAUUCGCUACCUGGAUUGUCCAAACGAGCUGUUACACCAAGAGAGGAAGGAGAACCCUCCGGUAAACCAAAACCAGCCAACUGUCCUGGUUGGGCGUGUGUUGUUCUAACUGAAGACCCGACAAAUGAACCAGUUGGAGCACAAUAUUUAGCCGAGGAUGAUUUGAAUCUGUCACGAUAGACUCUUUAGUUAAAAAUUGCUACAAAAUUAUUUCAGUUACAUGUACAUUGACGAUGGACAUCCUAGAAGAUGCAAAUAAUUAUGUAUGCUAGUCCGAUGCUCUACCAAAUGAGCUACAAGGCCAAGUCGGUUCUUAAAUAUAUGUUUACUCCGAACUCAAAGUUCAGUGCCCUUGUUUAUUGGUCUCUAGACGCGCAAUAUAUUUUUGAAAAUAUAUUGGCUAUUGCGCGUCUGGAGAUCGAUGCACUGAACUGUAAUUUAAUUGUUGAAAACACCAUAUUAUUCACCGUACCAGAAACAUCACAUCAUGCAAUAAUAUUAGUAUAGGAAUCAUGGAUGUAUACUAUACAUUACGACUUAUCUAUUUAUUUAAAAUGAUGAAUUUUUGUAAAUACACGGGUAUAGAGGGAAAUAAAUGCUUUUUUGCAAUGAACUGGUGAUGCUUGUAUUUGUUUGACUAUAGCUAGCUAUACGUGUAGCUUGUACCAAAUAUAACGAUUAGAAAUUUAAGUUUUAUUGCGAGUUGAGCUUGUAAUUGAAUGGAAAUCAGUUUCUUCGUUUAUUUACAUGGAAUAGGUUAUAUAAGUAUAACAGCCAUGCAGCUAACGAAUUAACAAAAGCUGAAUUAUUGUGAAUAUAAUAGGUUAAUUAAAGACAGUUUAAAUGUGCAUUUACGCAAGGUUUAAUCAAUGUUUUAAGGCGAUUAAUCUAUACUUAUCUCACGCUUUAUCGACCUUUAAACAAUGUAUUAAAUCUACUUUUAAUACACUUUAGCCAACUAGCACAUUUAUGAUUAAAAUCGACUUUAGUCAAAAAAGUCAAGAUAUUAAAGGCAAUUAUACGUUCCUUUAAACUGCCUUAAUCUGCAUUUAAUCCACUUAAUUAAAUCUGCCUUUAGCACACUUUAAUCAACAUUUAGUCUUAAGUAUUAAUCCCGCCGUUAAUACACUUAGUACUGAACAUUAAACGUGUCUAAAGGUGUGUUUAGUGUAUUUAAUAAAUCGCAUUAAGUGUAACUAAACACCAAUAAAAUACACGAUUAAUCUGCCUUUACAACCGUAUUAAGGGCACGCUUUUCGUCC